AUGUCCUAUCAACAUGAAGUCGUUCAAUACGCUCCCACUGAAGACAAUGAAAUUCAUGCAUUGAUACGCGGAAAACCAUCAUUUUGUAAAGCAAAUAUUCGUGUUAGCACUCAGCAGUUCCAAGAGCGACUUUCGUACCUCGACAAGCGAUAUGAUCAUUUAAGGAAAAUGACACAUUCGUUGAGAAAAAAAGUCAACGAGUUGGAGGACAUUAUGAGAAUGGACAAUGACGAAGAAAACAUGGAAACCAUCAAAAAGCUAUUGGAAGAAAUCAAAAAAGAGAAACAAUUGAUGAGAGACGAGGCUCAUAUCAUAAAAGGAGAGCUCUCAAAAACAAUGUAUAAUGAAGACUUGAGACGUCGUUUGGCUGGAGAGUGGAAGAAGAUUGAUGCAGACAGAAAGAGUUCAGCAGCAGAAUCAGAAGCUUCCUCAUCAAUGAUCGGAGAUGAUGACACUCCAUCGACGUCUUCUGACGGACACAAACCGUAUCGGGAGACGAGCAUGUGA